AAUCUAUCUCGACCGCUAUACGCCAUUACGUGUGGUGAUCUGGGUUCUGACGCCGUGUCAAUCCGAAGGAAUCUAGAUAAGCACUUCAAGCUCGCCCAUCGGUGGAAUUGUGUCCUACUUCUUGACGAGGCCGACGUGUACCUAGCGGAACGUAACAUCAACGAUCUGGACCGCAAUGGGAUUGUGUCAGGUUCGUAA